AUGGAGAGCCUGGCUGAGCUGCAGAACCCACUUCUUCCGGUCAACGGGUUCGACUUCUACAAGAAAAACGGCUUCGCGUACAACGAGCGGCCCCGACACUCGAACGGACUCAUCUCAAUCUACCUGAACUCUUGCGGCACCGACGACAACUCCACCUGCGUGUACCAGCAGCUGCUGGACCCCGGUGCACUCCUGACGCAGCAGCAGCAGCAGCUGCAGCAGCACGGCAGCAGCGGCGGUGAGAAGCGGCGACGACACCUCAGCUCGGAGUCAUCGCACGUGGCCCGCCUGUCGCCCAGCGGUGCCGCCCCCGCCGCCGUCGUCGACGCGAACGAGGACGGCGGCUGCUCGCAGCACGGGGAGCCCCCGACGGAGAGCCUGCACUGCGAGACCACCUUCACCGAGGCGGCGGCGGCGGUGGCGGUGGCCGGCGGCAGGGACAGCCUGAGCGGGAGCGCGAGUGACAGCGACAGCAGCUGCGGCGGCGGUGGCGGCAGCGGCAGCAGGAUGGACUCCCCCACGAGGGAGCCAUCGAGCGAUUACUCAAGCGAUACGGAGAGCGAGGACACCUUUUUGUCGUUACCACCUCGAGACCACCUGGGCCUCAGUGUGUUCUCCAUGCUCUGCUGCUUCUGGCCUCUUGGAAUUGCUGCCUUCUGCCUCUCGCAGCAGCUAUUUGUUUUGCGAAGGUGA